AUGAACAUUUACGUCAUUUCACUAUUAAAGAAAACGUUUACACGAAGCAUUUAUAAAAAAAUUGCCACAAUGCGAUAUUGCACCAACAUUCAUUUGAUAAUUACUGUCAUUUAUUGUAUAUCAAUUUCUGAGGUGUAUAUGUUACGGCGACAUAUGCAUAAUCAUGAUGUUGAUGAAAUACCAUUAGAGAUUAAUCAUGAUGAUUAUAAACUUGGAAAACUUUUAUCAUUGCGAACAGAUGAUAUGAUAACUGAAAGAGAUAGCGUUAUCAAUAUUCGAAAAGGUGAUCAUUUAACGCUUAAUUCAGAUGGUCGCUGA